AUGGCGGCUGCUUGCCUUGUUGGAAUGACUUUCCGCGGCCUCCUGGGAGAGGUGGCUUCCCAUGGUGCUCUGAUAAUUGCUACCGGGCCAGCAUACGUUGACCCUAAGACUUACGUGGCGCCGCCGGGUAACCCUUUAAACCAGGCUUCCGGGCAGAACCCUGGGGCUCUCACUGCCGCCAUAGACUGGGUGCAAGCCAACGCAGGCAAAGGCGAUUGGAAGCACAUUGACGCCUCCCGCAUUGGUGCCUGGGGCCAGAGCUGUGGCGGUCUCGAGGCGUAUACCGCCGGCCUGAACGAUGGUCGCGUGACGCAUUUCGGUAUCUUCAACAGCGGUCAGCUGAAUGAGACAGCGAGCAAGGCCAUUGCAGGCAACCUUAAGAAACCGGUUUUCUACACCUUGGGUGGGCCGACAGAUGUCGCCUUUGACAAUGUCCGUACUUCUCCUUCAUCAGGUUUGACUUGCAAUGUGCUGACCUUUGAUCAGGGCGAGAUGGACUACUCGAAUGUUCCUACGGGAACUCCAGCUUGGAAGGGGAACCAUGAUCUGGGCCAUAGCGCCGCGUUCGAUGCUCCCAACGGCGGGAUCCCAGCCAUGGUUGGUACUCAGAUCAUGAAGUGGGUUCUGCGUGGAGAUGAGUCGGCAAAGGCAUGGUUCACGGGCGAUGCCCCAAAGACUAUUGGAUUCAAGGACGUCGUUUUCAAAGAUUUGGAUAACCUCCAAGUCACGCCCAUUUAG